GCUCUCGUCAGAGAUCCACCCAUCAUUCACAUUUCACUGCAGUAAAGCCAUUCCCUGCCACCGCCUCCACCUCCUAAUCCUCCUCCUGGCAUUUCAGCUUAUACUGUAGGCUGCAGAGUUUCUGAAGAACACGUUGUCUUGGGUCCUUUCUUUAAGAACUGCUGGAAACAAUGCUUCGGGUAAUUGUGGAAUCUGCUGCAAAUAUCCCUAAACACAAGUUUGGGAAACCAGAUCCUAUUGUAUCAAUUGUUUUUAAAGAUGAAAAAAAGAAAACAAAGAAAAUUGAUAGUGAACUCAACCCAGUUUGGAAUGAGAUUCUUGAGUUCGAUUUGAAAGGAAUUCCUCUGGAUAUUUCAUCAUCCCUGCAGAUUAUUGUGAAAGAUUUUGAAACUAUUGGGCAAAAUAAGUUAAUUGGCACAGCAUCCGUAGCCCUCAAGGAACUGGUGGGGACACAGAGUAGAUCCCUUCCAUACAAGCUUGUUCCUCUGCUUAACGAAAAAGGAUUGGAUACUGGGGCAACAAUUGAUUUGGUGGUAGGAUAUGAACCGCCAGCUGGACCUCCAAACCCUAAUGAUCCUGGGGGAACUAACAUGGAAGGCACUGAAGAUGGAGAAGAAGGUGGUGGUGAUGAAAAUGUCCCUGCCAGUGGGGACAGUGUUCUCCCCCAGGGAGGUCUGAGUGGGACACGUGAAGCUCACCUUGCUCGGCGUAUUACCAAAGGAAAGAAGAACCAGAGGGUGCUUUCCCACAAACCUCAAGACUUCCAGAUUCGUGUUAGGGUCAUUGAAGGCCGUCAGUUGUCUGGAAAUAACAUAAAGCCAGUUGUAAAAGUACAUGUUUGUGGCCAGACGCAUAGAACCAGAAUUAAAAGAGGAAACAAUCCCUUUUUUGAUGAGAUCUUUUUCUACAAUGUUCACAUGACACCUUCCGAGCUCUUCGAUGAAACAAUAAGCAUCCGAGUGUAUGACUCUUAUUCUCUACGAGCGGAUAGCCUAAUGGGGGAAUUUAAGAUCGAUAUAGGUUAUGUCUACGAUGAACCUGGCCAUGCAGUUAUGAGGAAAUGGCUGCUUCUAAAUGACCCUGAAGAUGCAAACUCAAGUUCUAAAGGGUACUUGAAAGUCAGCAUGUUUGUUCUAGGAACUGGAGAUGAGCCACCAGUGGAAAACAGAGAACGUGAUAAUGAAAACGAUGAUGUAGAAACGAAUCUUUUGUUACCAGCUGGGAUAGUACUCCGAUGGGUCACAUUUGUGCUUAAGAUCUACAGAGCUGAAGAUAUUCCUCAGAUGGAUGAUGCUUUUGCACAGUCAAUCAAGGAAAUAUUUGGAUCAGAUGCAGACAAGAAGAACCUUGUGGAUCCAUUUGUGGAAGUUUGUUUUGCUGGGAAAAAGGUUUGUACAAAUAUAAUUGAAAAAAAUGCUAACCCAGAAUGGAAUCAGCUUGUUAACCUUCAGAUCAAGUUCCCUUCCAUGUGUGAAAAAAUAAGGCUGAUGGUGUAUGACUGGGAUCGUCUUACAAGAAAUGAUGUCGUGGGCACUACAUAUUUAUGCCUCUCCAAAAUUGCUGCUUCUGGUGGUGAAGUUGAAGAGUUUUCAUCUUCGGUUGCUGGGGCUUCACCAUAUGAAGCAAAUACUGGAGAGACAGAAGUGGGCUUUUUACCAACGUUUGGGCCUUGCUACUUGAACCUGUAUGGAAGUCCAAGAGAAUAUACUGGAUUCCCAGAUCCAUAUGAUGAGCUGAAUUCUGGAAAGGGAGAAGGUGUAGCUUACAGAGGGAGAAUCUUGGUCGAACUAUCUACGUUGCUUGAUAGUGAACCUCUUUCUAAGAAGAUUGAGAUGAUACCCAGUGAUGAUGUACUAGUGGUUGAAAAAUAUCAGCGGAGAAGACAAUACAGCCUUUGUACUGUGUUUCAUUCUGCCACAAUGUUGCAAGAUAUUGGGGAGGCAAUUCAGUUUGAAGUUAGCAUCGGAAAUUACGGCAAUAAAUUUGAUACCACGUGUAAACCACUGGCAUCAACAACUCUGUACAGCUGUGCUGUAUUUGAUGGGAACUAUUAUUACUAUCUGCCUUGGGCGAAUACAAAACCGGUGGUGACAUUGAUUUCGUAUUGGGAGGAUAUAAGUCAUAGGCUUGACCCUCUAAACCUUCUCUUGGGCAUAGUAGAAAAACUGCAAGCAAACAUAGCUGCUUUAAAAUCAGGGAUACAGGCAAAGCAGCCGGAAAACCAGUUGGCUGAGAUAUGGCUGAAGCUAAUUGAUGAACUAAUGGAGGAUGUAAGCAAUGAACUCCCUCGCCUAGAAGGCAAGCACAAUGUCACCCUUCUAGACACACAGAUCCGCAAACUGCGGCUUAAAUCGCUCUACCAAAUCCAGGAGGCAGCGGCAAGGAUGAGGAAUGAAGCAACAGAUGUGAGGGCUGCCCUGACAGAAAUUGAAGACUGGCUGCAUAAAUUAAUACAACUAUCUGAAGAGCCACAAAACAGCAUGCCUGACGUGAUUAUUUGGAUGAUCCGGGGGGAGAAGAGGCUGGCCUAUGCCCGCAUUCCUGCUCACGAGGUCUUAUAUUCUACCUCAUGUCCUGGAGGAUCUGGAAAAUAUUGCGGAAAGACCCGGACUGUCUUUUUAAAGUACCCAAUGGACAAAAACAAUGGCAUCAAGAUCCCUGUGCAGUUGCGAGUUAACGUUUGGCUUGGCUUGAGUGCAGUUGAAAAGAAGUUCAAUAGCUUUGCAGAAGGAACAUUCAGUGUCUUUGCUGAAAUGUAUGAGAAUCAAGCACUUAUGUUUGGAAAGUGGGGAACUUCAGGACUUGUUGGCCGUCACAAGUUUUCUGAUGUCACAGGAAAAAUCAAACUAAAGAGAGAAUACUUUUUGCCUCCCAAAGGAUGGGAAUGGGAAGGCGAGUGGUUUGUUGAUCCUGAAAGAAGUUUAUUGACAGAAGCAGAUGCUGGUCAUACGGAAUUUACUGAUGAAGUGUAUCAAAAUGAGACCCGCUAUCCUGGAGGAGAAUGGAAGGCGGCUGAAGAGAGUUAUACAGAUGUGAAUGGAGAAAAAGCAGCACCACCGGGUGAAAUAACCUGUCCUCCUGGCUGGAUGUGGGAUGAUGAUGCUUGGAUAUAUGACAUCAAUCGAGCAGUCGAUGAAAAGGGUUGGGAAUAUGGUGUCACCAUUCCUCCAGACAAUAAGCCAAAGUCAUGGGGUGCAGCAGAGAAAAUGUAUCAUACUCACAGAAGAAGAAGGCUGGUUCGAAAACGCAGAAAAGACCCAAAUCAAACAGUUUCAUCCAAGGCAGCUCCAUCUUAUGGAGAUAAAGAAGGAUGGGAGUUUGCAUCUUUGAUUGGGUGGAAAUUUCACAUGAAGCAGCGCAGUUCCGACAUCUUCCGACGCAGACGCUGGAGGAGAAAAAUGGCUACUUCAGAUGCGUAUGGUGCAGCGGCCAUUUUUAAGCUUGAAGGAGCCCUUGGAGCAGAUCCAAGUGCUGAUGAUGAAGACAAGGCUUCUGAGAAGAGCAGAGAUUCAGCAACACACACCUUUGGUGCAAACACUCCAAUAAUCUCUUGCAAUUUUGACAGAGUCUACACUUACCACCUCCGGUGUUACAUCUAUCAAGCAAGAAAUCUUCUGGCAUUAGACAAAGACAGCUUUUCAGAUCCAUAUGCUCAUGUUUCAUUCCUCCAUCGGAGCAAAACAACGGAGAUAAUCCACUCAACGCUGAACCCAACCUGGGAUCAAACCCUCAUCUUUGAUGAUAUCGAAAUCUAUGGUGAUCCCCAAGCAGUAGCUGAAGAGCCUCCUCAGUUGGUGGUUGAACUCUUUGACAGUGACCAAGUGGGCAAAGACGAGUUCCUUGGAAGAACCUCCUGCUCUCCUAUGGUGAAACUCAAUCCAGACAUCGACAUCAGUCCAAAGCUUCUUUGGUAUCCAGUUAUGAAUGGAGGCAAAGCUUGUGGAGAUCUGCUUUUAGCAGCUGAGCUUCUUCUAAAUGAAAAGGGUGGUACUGACCUCCCGAUUCUUCCAUCACAAAGAGCACCAAACCUUUACAUGGUGCCACAAGGAAUCAGACCUGUUGUGCAGCUGACCGCUAUUGAGAUCCUUGCUUGGGGCUUACGCAACAUGAAAAAUUAUCAGAUGGCUCCUGUUACUUCUCCUAGUCUCAUUGUGCAGUGUGGAAGUGAAAUGGUAGAAUCUGUAGUAAUAAAAAACCUGAAAAAGACACCAAAUUUCCCUGGAUCUGUUCUCUUCAUGAAAGUGCUUUUGCCGAAGGAGGAAUUGUACACUCCAUCACUAGUUCUUAAAGUGAUCGACCACCGGCCAUUUGGCCGUAAACCUAUCGUGGGACAAUGUACCAUUGAUUUACUGGAGCAUUUCCGCUGUGAUCCAUACGCUGCUAAAGAGGACAUUGCACCACAGAUGAAAGUUAGCCUUCUAGCAGCUGCACCUCGGCAGGAUGUAAUAAUUGAGGUGGAAGACACACAAAACUUACUAACAGCACAGCUCACUGAAAAGGAAGAAGAAAUUGUAGACUGGUGGAGCAAGUUUUACGCUUCCAUAGGAGAAACUGAAAAAUGUGGUCAAUAUAUUCAGAAAGGAUAUGCUACAAUAAAGGUGUAUAAUUGUGAACUGGAGAAGGUACCUGAUUUCAGGAAUUUAACAGACUUCUGCGAUACGUUCAGGCUGCAUCGGGGGAAAUCUGAAGAAAAUGAUGACCCUACAGUUGUAGGAGAAUUUAAGGGCUCCUUUAGGAUCUACGCAUUACCAGAUGACCCGACUGUACCUUCUCCUCCCCGGCAGUUCCGUGAACUGCCUGACAGUGGUCCUCAGGAGUGUAUUAUAAGGAUUUAUGUUGCCCGCGCUUUAGACCUCCAGCCUCGGGAUAACAAUGGACUGUGUGAUCCUUACAUUAAAAUCACCUUAAAUAAAAAGGUUGUUGAAGACAGAGAUCAUUAUAUUCCCAACACACUGAAUCCGAUUUUUGGCAGAAUGUAUGAACUAACGUGCUUCCUGCCUCAAGAGAAGGAUCUGAAAAUUUCUGUCUAUGACUAUGACUUGCUGACUCGAGAUGAGAAGGUUGGUGAAACCAUCAUUGAUCUGGAAAACAGAUUUCUCUCCCGCUUUGGAGCUCACUGUGGAAUACCACAACAAUAUUGCAUUUCAGGGAUCAAUACCUGGAGAGACCAACUAAAACCAACACAACUCUUACAAAAUAUAGCAAGGGUUAAGGGCUAUGGUCCACCAGUCCUCUCUGGAAAUGGACAAAGGAUUACUUAUGGUGGAAGAGACUACACUUUGGAGGAAUUUGAGGCAAAUAAAAAACUGCAUGAACACCUUGGGCCUGCUGAAGAACGCCUUGCCCUUCACAUUCUCAGGACUCAAGGACUCGUGCCGGAGUACAUCGAGACAAGAACACUGUACAGUACAUUCCAGCCAAACAUCUCACAGGGGAAGCUUCAGAUGUGGGUGGACAUUUUUCCCAAGAGCCUUGGACCACCAGGCCCUCCUUUCAAUAUCACUCCUCGCAAAGCUAAGAAGUAUGAACUACGGGUGAUUAUUUGGAACACAAAGGAUGUCAUUCUGGAUGAAAAAAGCAUCACCGGAGAAGAAAUGAGUGAUAUCUAUGUGAAAGGAUGGAUGCCUGGCUUUGAAGAAAAUAAGCAGAAAACAGAUGUGCAUUACCGAUCUCUAGAUGGGGAUGGAAACUUCAACUGGAGAUUUGUUUUUCCUUUUGAGUAUUUUCCAGCUGAGCAGCUCUGUACCGUUUCUAAAAAGGAACACUUCUGGAGCCUUGACAAUACUGAAUUCCGAAUUCCACCCAAACUACUUAUCCAAGUGUGGGACAACGACAAGUUUUCCUUGGAUGACUAUCUUGGUUUUGUUGAACUUGAUUUGCACAAUACAGUUGUGCCAGCAAAAAGUCCAGAAAAGUGCACUUUAGACAUGAUUCCAGAAUACAAGCCAACCAAUUCACUCAAGAUGCCUAAGAUUGCCUCGCUUUUUGAGCAGAAGUCCAUGCGGGGCUGGUGGCCAUGCUACAUGGAAAAGGAUGGUUCCCGGGUUUUGGCUGGUAAGGUUGAGAUGACUCUGGAAGUCCUCAAGGAGAAAGAAAUUGAAGAACGACCAGCUGGUAAAGGAAGAGAUGAACCUAAUAUGAACCCCAAGUUAGACAUGCCAAACCGGCCAGAAACAUCUUUCCUUUGGUUUACCAAUCCCUGCAAGACAAUGAAAUACAUUGUGUGGCGCAGAUUUAAGUGGGUCUUCAUUGGUAUCAUCAUCCUGCUGAUUUUGCUUUUAUUUGUAGCCAUUCUUCUAUACUCAUUGCCGAACUAUCUGUCCAUGAAGAUUGUGAAUCCAUUUCCAGCUUGAGGACAAUACUUUCCCUUUAAACUUGCCAUUGCAAUGAGGUCUUCCAGCCUCUACCUCGGGACCAAAUUUAUUUGAUGACCAAAACAAUGCCUGCGACUCCGUUCUUCUCUUGUGGUGGACUCAACAGUGCAGGAAGUCAUUUUAUUUGUGAAAAUGGAAAGGAGUAUUUCCCCCUCUUUCCUCUGCAGGCCGGAGUCCUUAAGAGCUGCUCAGCAUUUUUGGUGCUCAGAGAUCUGCAGGGAGCUUCUAGUUCCACUGACAGAAGACCUUCUACCAGGAGAACAAUACCACAAGAUCCUGGUCCACAUGUUUUCAGCCAUUUCUAAGAAUGUAACUUUAUCUAAAAGGUAACAGCCACAGCAAGAUGCUGUGGCUUUUUCCCCCUCUGUAUUUUGACUUUGCCAAAGUCAGAAAAUUAUCUCUUUUAGCUUAGAUCAUAUUUUCCCCAAAUGUUAUUUCAGAAAGUGUUUUUCACUUUCUUUAAAGAAGCACUCUGUAAUAAAAUCCUAUGCAUGUCUAAUCAAAGGUAGAUCUCAUUAGGAUCAAUGGAAUGUACCUUUGAGUGAGCAUGUUUGAAAUUAUAGUCUUAAAGUGUUUUUUAUUUGAACACUUUGAAAUUUUGUCUCUCUAUUUAUAGGGGGGAAAUGGACACAACAUAUAUUUUUACAAAACAAAACACAGUGUUCCUCAGUGGUAUGAACAUUAUAUUGUAAAAGGUCAUGAUAAUAGCACUAAGCUUUACUUCAGAUUGUGAGCAAAGUACAUAAAUACAGCAAAAUAAAC